AUGGACCAACAACAUGCAAUCUAUCCCAGUCUCCGCGACAAAGUUGUUUUGAUCACUGGCGCCGCCGAGGGCAUUGGUGCAGCAGCCGUGGAACUCUUUUACAGACAAGGCUCCCGCGUCAUAUUUUUGGACAUUGCCGACGAUUCUGCAAAGAAGCUGCUUGACCAGCUUGCCUCCAUGCCGGUCGACAUUGAAAACAUCACCAAACCCACCUUCAUGCAUUGCGACGUCACAGACCUGGACCAGCUUCAAGAAUGCGCUGAAAGGGCACUCAAGCAAUUUGGCCGUGUAGACGUGCUCAUCAACAAUGCGGCGUCUGCAGGACCCAACUCGCGUGUGCCAACAGCGCAAAUUACACGCGAGUCGUUUGAGUACGACAUCAACGUGAAUUUGCGCCACCAAUUCUUCCUGACGCAGCACAUUGCUCCGGCAAUGCAGAAACAGGGCUCGGGCAGCAUCAUCAACAUGGGCUCCAUCACAUGGCGCAUCCCGGCGACCGAGAUCCCCAUCUACACUACCUGCAAGGCGGCUGUCAUGGGCAUGACGAGGACUCACGCAAGGGAGUUUGGUAAGUACGGUAUUCGCGUGAACAGCAUCAUGCCUGGGUCCAUCGCCACACAGCGACAGAUUGACACGGUGCUUACCGACGAGUACAAAGCCGAGAGUCUGGGGGCCCAGUGCUUGAAGAGAGUGUUGGUGCCUGCCGAGGUGGCCAGGCUAAUGCUGUUUUUGGCGUCGGAUGAUUCGAGUGCCAUUACUGGUGGCAGCCAUGUCUGUGAUGGAGGAUGGGUUGGCGAUAGUUGA